AUGCAAGCCUUGCAAGAUCGAUUGGCACAAUUAACAAAUCCUACGGGUAGUGAAAUCUGGACGAUUUUGAAAGAGGUAAGCAUUUUUCUUCCAUGUUAGAUCUCAGCAAAAAAUUUUCAGUCAGAAGAAGAUUUGCGUGCUGAUUUGUUGAACUUGGGUGAGAAAAAGCGGAUAGCAGAGGAAAAUGGGAAGAAAAAGUUGGCCGAAUUAUCAGCGAAAAAAGAAGAGUUGCAGAAUAUCAAGAAAGAUGUUCAAAAAUGCCAAGAGGAAUAUAAAAAUUAUGUGGAAACUGUGAAAAAUGAAUUGAAGAGAAAUGGAAUUGAAUUUGAAGUUAUAUGUCGGGAUUUUGAGAAGGAAAGAGAGCUGAAAUUGUGAGUUUUAGUUUUGAGAAGUUAUCAUAACUCAAAAUAUUUUCAGAUCCGCCUACAAAUCAGAAAUUCGUGGAUUAUUGGCAAUCGAAGGUUUAAGAAUUCCAAAAAUCGCUGAAAAUAUCAGAAGAGUUGUUCAAAUCCUCAAAGAAAAUCGGGAUUCGAAUAUUCACGAAAAUCUCGGCUCAGAUUUCGAAGUUUUCUACUCAAAAGCUCUUACUCAAUUCAGAGUUGAGUUAUGGAAUUUUCUACAGCAAAAUCGGAUCCCAAUGGUCCCAGUUAAUGGUAUUUUUUUGAUUUAGAAAAUUUCAACAAAAAAAGUUAUUCUUAGAUACCCUGGAUUUGACGGAUCUUCCAGAAUUUCACGAGAAAUUGAGUGUGUUUUGCAAAUUUUCUGGAGAUUUGAAUUAUUUGAUAAAUCAAGAAGAUUCUCAAGCUCGACUUAUUGCAUCAUUCCUAGGACAAGUCACGAAUAUUUGUAUGGAUAUGUUGGAAAAGGAAAAAGAUUUUUCAUGGAUUCUAACAUGCGCCUUGAAAUGGUCGAAUAAUAUCAAAGAAGUUGUGAGAAGUGCGAUCAAAAUUGAGGAGAAAGAUUUCGACAAAGAAUUGGAGAAAUUUAUUCAUAUUUUAACUUCUAAAUUCAUCAAAUACAACCUCGAAGAUCCCCUGGUAUUUUCGAAAUUAUUGGAGAUUUUGCGGAAAUAUGAAGGCGAUUUUGAGGAUUUAUUUGUGCCAUUUUAUGAACCGGAAGUUUUAAGCAAACGAAUUUUACUGGAAAUUGAGGUAUUCUCCUUGGAAUCCACUAGAAUUUUGAAUUCCGAAAGAUGUUUCGAUCCAUUAGAAGCUUGCUUCCUAAGUUCAUCUACAGAUUCUCGCUGGUCUUCAGAACUCAUAAUAUUUUUCGAAGAAUGGAUUCAACGAAUAAACUGCGAGGUGAAAUAUAUGAAAAAUGAGGAAGUUCAAAUCGCAUUCUAUGAAACUGCACAUAUUCUGAUUUCUGAUUUAUGCGCGAGAAUUCACGAGACAGCAAAUCGUCUUUAUAUGGAAUCGAGUUGGGCGAAUGAUGUUUAUUUGGUUAUGAAUAAUGUUUGGGAGAUUCGAGUUAUGGUUGAGUCACUCACAUUAACUUGGCCAAUUUCUUCAAUGAAUAUUGAAAAAGAAUAUGAGUAAGUUCUUGAUUAUUUUCCUCCCAAAUUAAUUUUUUCUCAGGAAAGAAUGGAAUAGAUUGGGAGAUAUGAUAAUGGAAUAUUUGAAUGAUAUUGUCUGCACAAUGGACGAAAAAAUCCGCUCAAAUUAUUCAAUCGCAGACAAACCACGUGUAAUCUCCUCAACCUUCAAUCGAAUAAUCAAAUGCCUUUCAAAUGUAUCAAAAAAGAUCUCAAAAUCCAGCAAAUCCACACUUUUGAAUAAAUUGAUAUCGGAAUUAUUCAUCGAUUUGCAAAAGAAGUUUGAUGUUUGGCAAAGGAGAUGUGAUUUCGAGGUGAUUUCAAUCAUUUAUUUGGAGAUUUAUGGGAACUUGAUGGAUGAUGAGAAAUGGAAAAGGCAGGGAGAGGAAUCGAGAAGAGAAAUUACGCAGUUGGAUGCGUUGAUGAAGGUUGCGGCGAAUAAAGAUCCGAGUGGGGAGUUGGUUAGAAUCGCGUUUAGAUCGGUGAGUCUUUUUUAAAUUUUAUUUGAUCACAGUGUUUUGAAUUAUCACGGAAAAAUGUGGUCCUACAGUAACCCGAAUUUUUGGUACAAAAAAUGCUGCAAAACGAUAUCAAAUUUGAUCACAGUAUCCCUGGAAUUUUGAUGUCAUUUUGAAGCAAAUUUUGGAUAUACAGUAACCCGAUUUUUUCGUAAUAAUUCAGUCCUCGAAUCUUCAAAAUUAGAUUUUUCGCGAAAUUUGGUUCAGGGACCUUGAGAAUUAAAUGUUUUGACCUAAAAAAUCAUUUUUUUAAUCUUUAAAAAGUGGCCCGAUUCCUCAAUUCCCAUUAAAAAUCCCCCAUUUUCAGAUCGACGAAGAACAAGUUGGCAAAAUGUUAGCCGAACUCGGCAUCAAAUCCACAUCCGAUCAUGCUUUUCAGGAUUAUCAGUUAGUUUCUUCUUCUGCUCUGAAUUUUCCAUCAAAUUUUAAAAUUUUUUCAGAAUCCUCGCCGAAAAUUGGGAUAAAAUUCAGCAUUAA